ACACCAAAUCCCUAGCCCUCUCUCUGUUCCUCGUUCCCCUGAGCCCCUUCUACUCGAUCUGGCCACCGUGCCGCCGCCGCGUCGCAACGAGCAGCGGGUCCCUGUCCAGCAGCUCCUGCACGAUGCCCGCGCCCCGCGCGGACGACGCUGUGUAGAGCAGCCAGCCGCCGUAGCCGGCCCGGAGCAGCGUGUUGUCGGCGCCGUGCUUGCACUUGCACUUCAGCAGCAGGCCCCGGGCAACGGAGGCGCGGUGGCGCGGCGCGUGGACGAAGCGGGCAUCGUCGUCACACAGCGCCUCGAGGCUGCGGAUCUGGCGGGGCGAGGUGAGCUUGAUGAGGAUAUUAGGGUCAAGGUGCAGGUGUCAGGUGCAGCAAUGUUGUAUGGUGGCCAGCAGGUGCCGCAGGGCCAUCUACCGCAUGUGUGGAACUACAGUUGAUGAUCGGUCAUUCAGCUGAAACAUGGCAAGCAAGUAACUGAAUGACAGAAACAUGGUUAUUUAAGAAAAUCCCUAAGAGCCUGAAGGGGGAGGCUGGAAUGGCUGGUUUAAUCCCUCUGUAGCAAAUGCUGAAACGAAUGAUGUUUGGCACCGAGGCCAUGGAUGUCCUUGUAGGCUGGACGAAAAACUUAUGUUCCAGCAAGGAUUUGCCCGGCUGCAGCGUACUUGACAUAGGAACCGGGAGCGGACGACUCUUACAGCAGCUUGCAAAACAAGGGUUUUCUGAUCUAACUGGCAUUGACUAUAGUGAAGCCGCAAUUGAGCUUGUUCGAAACCUCGCAAUUCGUGAUGGAUUUGAGCACAUUAAUUUCCUGGUCGAUGAUGUUCUAGAGUCGAAGUUGGAGAGGAGAUCUGAACUUGUGAUGGAUGAAGGAACUCUGGACAAACGAAUUGAUCCAAAAGACCCUGAUGCUGAGGACACGCCUGCAGAAGAUGAUGUUGAAUCUUUACUGAAAAAGCUCGGCAUGGAUGUAGAGACUGAGUACAGUAGCGAAGUUAAGGAUGCAAAAACAUGGAAUAGAUGGUCCACAAUGGAGCUGUCGAGGGAGAAUAAACAAUGGAUGCCUCUUCGUGAAAAUUCUGGAGCAGGAACAGUCAAUGAUCAGCUUUCUAUGGUGGCAGAGUUUCUAGAUGUGUGCAGCUCCUUAUAACUACAGUGCCUGACAAAAAACUGGAUAGUACUAUGAGGCUAAAAGAAUCAUUCUUUUGGGUUGUUUGGCGAUACAUUGUUGAGAUGUAGUCUUGCUAACGUUGUUUCGUACUAUCAUUAUUUGGGAGCAAAGUUGUAUCCUCUAUUCAGGUGCGGCCUGUUGAUCUAAUGAUCGGUUUUGGGUUUUAGAUUACAGGAAGUCUCUAAUCGAGCCAUAUGAACAUGAGUGUUUUUCUUGAGUUUCUAAUGCUUUUCUUUCAAUUAUGCAACACAACUGGCAUGUGUCCCAAAAGUUACUGUAGCAGCAGAAACAUUUUUGUCUUCAAAAGAUCGUCAUUUUCUCAGAUUA